AUGGAAGUCGAAUAUGGCGGUGAUAAUUUUCCGUUAAAAUAUCUGUCGGUACAAAAUAAUGUAAUUUCUUCAGAUUUAGAACAUUAUAUUAAAUAUCUAAGCAUGGCCUUAAGCUAUUUCAACGAUGCACGAAACGACACAGAUAUUAAUACCGCAACGGGUGCGUUUUUUUCAAAAUCUGUCUUGAAAAGAACGCUCUUAGAUUAUUCACACAAAAUGAUUAAGUUUCAAAAGGAUAUCAUACGAAUACUAAUAAAUAUGAAUGAAAACAUCUUAUCACAUUACAUGUACCAAAAUCUUGGAUACGGCUGGGAUGAUUUAGAAUUUAGAGCAUCCAGAAUUUUUCUAUUUGACGAUUCGCAAAUUUAUUCAAUUGCUGAAUUCAACAGAAAUCUACUAAAAGACUGGAUCUUAUCAAAAGAAAACAAAAUUCAUAAUUAUACAGAGGAAAUGGAUACAGCUACUCUACUAAAAGAGAAAUACGGCAAAUUGACUUAUGAUUUUAAAAAUUAUACUAUAGAUAUAUUAUCAUCAGACUUUUGUCUCGCUGUUGUGGCAUAUAAUAAAGAGUCAAUAGACUUUAAACAGUUACAAAAAUGUGAAGAUAAUGCUUAUUGUGAAGAACGUAUAUUCUCAAACCCGUCGAUUGGGUACAGUUUAAGUCAUAGACUCUUGAAUGCUUAUUUACGGUUCUCUACAAAAAGAUGUUACAUCAGAUCCGAGGUAGAAGACAAGAAACUUAUGGACCAAUUAUGUGCAAAUAUGUACAGAGAAUCAGUAUAUUUGGCUCGCCGUGGAUAUUUUGCUCGCGAUUUAUUCUUAGAGCAUAUUGCACUUUGCGGUCUACUGGGUUACGAAGAAUUUUAUAGACGACACUGGUUUUACAAAGCAACAAGUUGGGUUAAAGAAGCAGGUUGUGUAGCUGAAAAUAGAAACUUUCUUAUUAACAUUACCGAUACGGAUUACAGUAAGGUAAAAGACGUGAGAAAACGUCAGAAAUAUCGGAAGUAUGACUGUGAAAUGUUGAACUACGAAUGCCAUGAUCACCCGACUGCUGUACUUUUAAUAGUAUUAGCUCAUGCAAUCAGAUACGCUGCUCAUAUCAUGACGUCAGUUUUGUGA